AUGCUUCCACCACAAGCACGUAGUGGCCUACUCGGACCUCGCAGACACUCACUGGCAUCAACAGCUCCAACAUGUCUACUCCGUCAGGCUUCUGUAACCUCGGCGGCCACCCAACAAAGCCGUAGCUUCUGGGGCUGGCGACGAAGAGGCAGCAGCGACUGGGAAUCCCAUAUCGACCCGAUGUAUCACCGUUUCACUCGCUACCGUACCAUGAAGACCCGAGCCAAGCUUAUCGAGAAGUUCAAGCGUCGAGCCAACUUCUACGAUGCAGAUCAGCGGCCCUUCUUCACGCCGAAGCAUAUCCGGUUCGCUUCACACUUCAACGGUCGUGGAAGAUGGCCGUUGAAUCAUGUUCGAGCUCAGCCAGCUUCGGAACAAGAUGCUCAGCGUGAGGAUGGCUAUGAACUCAGUCAGCGGGAGCAAGAGUGGAAGGAGAGGAUGGAGUAUAUGCGUAAGCAGAUACAAAAUGAUCCUUAUGAGGCAGUCUUCGGCAAACGCUUUGAGCCAUUCUGGAGUCCGCUUGUACCGAGCUGGAUGCGAGAGGAAAUGGGUAUGCAACGCCAAGCAAAACAGCCGAGCAAACCAGAGGAGCUUGAGCGGGAGAAGUCGAAGAUAAAGGCGACGAGAAUAGAGCCAAGCAGGCAAUCCUCGUCUACAGGUCAACCUCCGCCCGUCGACUCUCCUCCAGUCAAAACUACCGAAUCUAUUCCCUCUCCUAAGACCAAAAGUUACGCAUCAUACUCUUCUUCAUCGUGGGAUUCAUGGUCUAAUACAGCAAGACUCGAGAAGUGGGACUCUGUAUCGAACGAGCUCAAGCAAUUCGUCUACGAUCCCAUCAGCAACCGCAUGGUGGCAGUAAAGCCGUUGCCAGCAGUCAACACCGCCAAAAUCGAUCUGCCCAAGCCAGAGCAGACCAACGUUGUCGUAAGAAACACAUUGUCCACCACUGCACUUGCAAGUAGAAGUCAAGACAUGCGCUCGCUCAUCAAUACACCUCGUAGGGACAUCAGGGCCGUCGAGGUGCCUGUGAAGCAAUAUAAGUCUGCCAAGCCAGCACCGGAAUCAUCGAUGGAUGUCAUAGCCGCAGCCACGAAAGAAGCGGCGGACACUCUUGCAUGCCUGAAAGAGAACAUGGACCGGAUGUUUUCUCACUCCGCCCAGCAAGAACAGACUCGUCCUCCACGACCAGCUGCACUUGCCAAGCUUCCAGCAAACGAUAUGGAUAUGCUCACAGCUGAUGAUGUGCGUGCCAGGAUGGGCAAGGUCAAGGAGAUCAGGACUGUUAAGCCGACCACGAUAGAACAGAAAGCUACUAUGGAGGCGGAUUUCGACAGCAAAGCUGCUGAGUGGGAUAAGGCUGAGAACGCUGUGUUCCAGGAGGCUGAGCUGGAGACGACCAAACGAAAGUGGGUUGCGAAGGCUAAGAAGGAGGAGAAGAUAUCAAGAUCCGAGACGUCAGGCCAGCCCCUGACAGCAUCGCACGUACGACUUCAUGAGUCGUAUGGCACCUCGAAGAUACCAGCGGAUGCCUCUCUGGACACUCUUGGAAGCACACUGCAAAAUGAGUCUUCAAGGACGAGACCUGACCAACAUCAGAAGACCGAUAUGGUAACCACGGCCCUCGAUGACCUCGGCAACACACUCAAGUCUGAAGUACAGCCAACGUCACGGUCCAACGACAUCGACAGCCUCGCCGACACGCUCGAGACCAUGGAAACGAGGUCGCCACCACGACGCCAGGAACAGAAGCUUCAAGCCGCUCUCAACAGACUUCAGACGACACUGUCCCGACGCACCGACACGGCCAAAGAAGACAGCAGAUCAGUACUGCUAUCCGCGGUUCAGCGUAUGCAGUCCAAAGAGCUUCCUCGCACAGAUGAUCUCGACGACUCGGGUGCUCAUGAGGCUACCGAAACCGUCGAGAUUCCGACGAGUGUGCCAAAGGAGUGGUCCAAUGCCGCCAACAUCCUGCAGGCGAAUCGUGUCAAGCGCAUUGCAGCAAAGCGACCCUACCCUUUCCCCGUGCCUCGAUUUGCCGAAGACAUGGAACAACGCAAGGCCGCUUACGAAGCCUCACAAGCCAAGCUGAAGGCCGACGAAACCAAGGCUGAACGAUUGAAGAAGGCCAACGAAGUUCUCGAGGCGGAAGUCAAGGAACAGAAAUUCUUGAUGCAGUCUCAUGAGAAUCGCUAUGUGCACAAGAUUAGGAGUCUCAGGCAGGAGCUCGAUAUCGCGUACAAGCAAAGCGCAGUGCACAGUGAGAAGCACGUCGAGAGGAUACACUUCCUUGAGGCCGAGCUUACCAAGGCUAGCAAAGCUGCAGGAGAUGUAGCAGUGCCAGCUAAGAUGCCGCAGAAGAUGGUACAGGCGGAAGGCGAUUUCUCGCCUGAUAUCGCCAAGUUCGCUAGUGCUGGCAAGUGGUACAAGCAGCCUACUGCACCUGCUACACCCGGCAAGCAGAUGAUUGCCCGAGCGGAGCAGAAAGCUCGUGAUCAGGCUCUUGUGAAGGAAGUCUGUGAGAUCUACGAGCGCGAGUAUGGUGUCAUCGAUACGAACCAUAAGCAACGGAUCUUGUCAGGCUCGGAGGCAAAUGCUUCUGCUAAGAGACUGUCAGUGAAGAAGGCUCCGCAGGUCGUUGAAGUGGAGAGCGAUGUUGACCUUGGUGAGGCUCUUGCUGAGCACGAGAGGACGACUUCGUACGAGUUCAAGGACGAUGGGCUCGAGUCUAGGAUCCAGGCUGAGGAGAAGGCGGCACAUGAAGCACAGGCGCUUCCGCAGCUCGAGACGUCGGCCGAAUUGACCCGUACAAUCACUAAGGCUAGGCAGGCUAUUGUCAAUGCCAACGUGAAGAAAGAGCAUCCUAAACAAGACGUUGUCUUGGCUGAAGAGAUAAAAUCGCCGUCCCAGGCAACUUCCGCAGCCAACUGGGAAGAGCCACCAGUGUACAAGGUUCUUGCUUACGAUUCUGGGAAUGAUAUCCUGUCUACUGCGACCACAACCGCAAAUUUCACCGGCACUGAGACACCGAUCAGUAUUCCUCAAGCUCUCAGCCAGCUCUAUCAACCAGCUCGGUUUGUGUCGCAUUUUGCUGAAUUGCAGCAAGACGGCUGGCAGGUCAUCUAUGGCACACGAGACAUGCUAGUGUUCAGGAAGGUCCAAGCAAGUGCUGAGAAGCCUACCAUCCCGGCCGCAAUCGAUGAAGAUGCAAGCCUAGUUGACCAUGGCUUGAUCAAGCCUAAGCAGAAUGCUCUUGCUGAGGAAGCUGCGAACUUCCACGAUAGGUACAAACCUGCGCCGAAGCCAUAUGAUCCGACCAGUAUUGAGAACGGGAAGCUCAUGCCCUACGAGAACGCCAUGGCGCAGGAAGCUGCCCAUGCAUAUGAUGCUGCUCGGGCAGCACAUGUCAAUCCCAUCGAUGGUACUGCCAAGAUUAUGCCUGUACCAGAGGUCUCGACGGGAGCUUAUGCCUCACCCACAGGUUUCGUGAACCAUGACCGUGCAUACCUUGACAACGAUGACCUGGUUGAUCGGGCCAAGGUCAGAGCGGCGAUGAAUAAGAAAGAAGAAGACAUUGAUUACAUACACUACCCUCGCGUCAAGCGCCAGGAGCCCGUGUAUGCGGGCACUCGCCUGGCCACCCCGGCUGCAUCAAAACAGCGGAAGUGGAACGAGCGCCAUGAGAAGCAUGCACGUAGAGCCGAGAAAGUGAAAGCGAGGUCGAGGCGGAGGGGCGGCAAGCUGAGGUGGGCGCUGGGUGUGGGUGUCGGCUUCGCAGCGGUAAGCUAUGGUAUUGGCGUUGCAGCUGAGAUGGCGAGACAGGAGAGAAGAGAGAAGGAGAGGUGGGAGCAAGUUUUGGAUGGUAAGAGGGGGAGGUGGGAGUGA